UAAGGCCUUCCUCAAAAGGUGUCAGCACAAGCCAGGGACUCCGCAAGGACCAUCUGGAGGACGAAGAGCAGUGGAGAUGGUCAGACUCAGUCAAGGACAGGAGAGAAGAAGGAUAUUUGUGCGUGUGCCAGGAGCUGCAGCAGAGCGAGCCACACCAUGGGUGAGAUCAGCCAAGACACCGUGGAGAGAUACCUUGAGGACAACCCUCAGUUUGCCAAGGAGUACUUCGACAGGAAGCUGCGGGUGGCGGUGCUGGGGGAAACCUUGGAGCACGGAGGCGCGGGGGACCCCACCGGCGAGGCCUUCUCGUGGGCCCUGUGCGCGGAGCUGCUGCGGGAGGAGGAGGCGGGCAGCGGGGAGCAGGUGGUGCACAGGGCCCUGCAGAGGCUGGCGCAGCUGCUGCGGGCCGACCGCUGCAGCAUGUUCGGGUGCCGGGCGCGCAACGGCACGCCCGAGGUGGCCUCCAGGCUGCUCGACGUCACCCCGACCUCAAAGUUUGAGGACAACCUGGUGGUCCCUGAAAGAGAAGUUGUGUUUCCACUGGAAAUCGGGAUAGUGGGUUGGGUUGCUCACACAAAGAAAACCCUUAACGUCCCAGAUGUGCAAAAGAACAGCCAUUUUUCUGACUUCAUGGACAAACAAACCGGGUAUGUCACAAGGAAUCUGCUGGCAUUCCCAGUUGUGAUGGGCAAGGAAGUUCUUGCUGUGGUUAUGGCAGUUAACAAAGUAAAUGCAUCUGAAUUUUCCAAACAGGAUGAAGAGGUCUUUUCCAAAUACUUCAGCUUUGUUUCUAUCAUCCUAAAGCUUCAUCAUACCAACUACCUGUACAGUGUGGAAUCCCGAAGAAGCCAGAUUCUUAUGUGGUCAGCCAAUAAAGUAUUUGAAGAGCUCACAGAUGUUGAGCGACAGUUUCACAAAGUGCUCUACACAGUUAGAAAGUAUCUGAACUGUGAACGAUACUCCAUUGGACUGCUGGACAUGACCAAGGAGAAGGAAUUCUAUGAUACAUGGCCAAUCAAGCUUGGAGAAGUAGAGCCUUAUAAAGGUCCAAAGACACCAGAUGGCAGAGAAAUCAUCUUUUAUAAAGUCAUUGAUUACAUUUUACAUGGAAAAGAAGAGAUCAAAGUGAUUCCGACACCUCCUGUAGACCACUGGAUGCUUGUUAGUGGGUUGCCAACAUAUGUUGCUGAAAAUGGAUUUAUAUGUAACAUGCUGAAUGCCCCUGCAGAUGAAUACUUCACGUUUCAGAAAGGAUCUGUGGAUGAAACUGGUUGGGUCAUUAAAAAUGUCUUGUCCCUGCCUAUUGUCAACAAGAAAGAAGAGAUUGUGGGAGUAGCUACGUUUUACAACAGGAAGGAUGGAAAACCUUUUGAUGAGUAUGAUGAACACAUUACUGAGACUCUUACUCAAUUUCUUGGAUGGUCUCUUUUAAAUACUGACACCUAUGAGAAAAUGAAUAAGCUUGCAAACAGAAAGGACAUAGCUCAAGAAAUGCUCAUGAGCCAGACCAAAGCGACUGCUGAUGAAAUCCAGUCUAUUUUGAAAUUUCAAGAGAAGUUAAAUAUAGACGUAAUUGAAGACUGUGAAGAAAAACAACUUGUCACAAUUUUGAAAGAGGCCUUGCCGGACCCAAAGGCAGUAGACCUGUAUGAAUUCCGCUUCAGCGACUUCCCCAUUACAGAGCACGAAUUGGUUCAGUGUGGACUACGACUGUUUUUUGAAAUAAAUGCCGUGGAGAAAUUCAAAGUACCUGUAGAGGUUCUCACCAGAUGGAUGUACACAGUGAGGAAAGGGUACCGCUCUGUCACUUACCACAACUGGAGGCAUGGGUUUAAUGUGGGGCAGACCAUGUUUACUUUGCUGACGACAGGAAGACUAAAGAAAUACUAUACGGAUCUCGAAGCCUUCGCCAUGCUGGCUGCUGCUUUCUGCCAUGACAUUGACCACAGAGGCACCAAUAAUUUGUAUCAGAUGAAAUCCACAUCUCCACUGGCAAAGCUUCAUGGAUCCUCCAUCCUGGAGAGGCACCACCUGGAGUACAGCAAGACUCUGCUGCAGGAUGAGAGUUUAAACAUCUUCCAGAACCUAAAUAAACGCCAGUUUGAAACAGUUAUUCAUUUGUUUGAAGUUACAAUAAUAGCAACUGACCUGGCUUUAUAUUUCAACUGUAUCUUUUUUAGGAAGAGAACCAUGUUUCAAAAAAUUGUUGAUGCCUGUGAAAAAAUGGAAACUGAAGAAGCAGCCAUCAAAUACAUAACCAUUGAUCCAACCAAAAAAGAAAUUAUCAUGGCAAUGAUGAUGACUGCAUGUGACUUGUCAGCUAUAACGAAGCCCUGGGAAGUACAAAGUCAGGUGGCACUUCUGGUUGCGAACGAGUUUUGGGAACAAGGAGACCUGGAGAGAACAGUGCUACAGCAGCAACCUAUCCCUAUGAUGGACAGAAACAAGAAAGAUGAACUACCUAAACUUCAAGUUGGAUUUAUUGAUUUUGUUUGUACUUUUGUAUAUAAGGAGUUCUCACGGUUUCACAAAGAAAUCACACCUAUGCUGAGUGGUCUUCAGAAUAACAGAAGAGAAUGGAAAUCCCUAGCUGAUGAGUAUGAUGAAAAGAUGAAGGUAAUAGAAGAGGAAAUGAAAAAGCAAGAAGGAAACAUAAAUGACAAAGAAAACAUUCAAAAAAAUAUCAGCAAAUGUCAUUCAGCAAACCAUCAAGUAACAGUAAGAAGCUCCUCAGAGAAGAAGCUAUCCUGUACUGCCAAGAGAAAAUAUAUUGCUAGCUUGAAAACAGAGGGUAAAAUAAAGUUCAAUGAAAGUGCAAAAUAAGAUGAAAGUAAGUGUAUUUGGGGCACCAAUUUGUUUUAAAUUAAAAAUAUGUAAUCCUGAAACUAGCCACCAAUUUUUUUUUUUUUUAUGUUCUUGCUAAUUGUAUUCAUUUGCUAGGCCUACCAGCACAAAACACCA